CGUAUCACGCUGCCCGUUGGUGUUCUAGUGUCUAAUUGGAUUCUCAGGCUCUUCAGGUGUGGUGUGAGCGGGACGCUGCAAUUCCUUCACCGAUCGGCAGGCGGUUUGAAGCUCUAGUAGCCAGUCAGAUGAUCUGCCCUAUGGCCGCGGAACCACAAAUCACUCGCUGAAAAACACCUUCACUCGACGAUGAUUUGUACGGACGACUGCACGUGCAGUCUGUGCCGAGAGUUGCGCGGUUACAAGCUGAAGGUAAAACCACCGAAGGCAACGAACGGUGGUGGUGGUGGUGGUGCCGAAACCGGAAGCCAGCACUCACCACCAUCGAGCAAGUACUGCAAGAACGUCAAGCUGACGCGCAACGACAACUUCAUUCUACGUCGCCGCACCUCGAACGAGUACCAGCAGCGUUCACCGGACCGUCGAACGGAUUGUUGCAAUCAAGACCAACAACAGCAGCAUCACCAGCAGCAGAAACAUCAACAACAACAACAACAGUACGGUCAGCCACCACCGAGCGGACGGAUGAAGAAGGCCCAAAGCUGCAACGAGAUCGCGAGUGAGGUGGGCGGGAACGGGGGACGCAACCGGUACCGCUACACCGGUGCCCUCGGCUCGAAGAUGAUCAAAAGCACCAACAACCUGACGGAGGAGGACGAUUACUAUGGCUAUGGCCAUAGGGGAUCACCCUCACCAACACCAACACCACCACCACCACCAGCAUCAGCUUCAGGGCAGAAGAUCGAGAAACAGAAGGAUCACAAAGUGAUCAUCUACUUCGGUGACUCGAUCGCGCACCGGAAACCACACGCGAGCGACAAGUCGCGACCGGCACCACCACCCCCCUCCGGUACACCGCCCCCUCCCAAGUCGAGUGAACUGAACGUAUACCACGCGCAACGUCUGUGCGAAGAGACCGGGCAGAUGCAACGGCAGCGCGAGAUCAUCGGUUCCAGCAAACCGACCGUACGUGAUGCGGUCGAGAAGCGUCCACCAUCGUCGGUGGGGUCGGAUCAACAUGGUGGGCGCCAACCACCGAUACCACCGGGCAAACCGGGCAAAGAGUUUAUGCUGCAGCUCAAAUCGGUGCUGGAAGAGAAGAGUCGCUUCAAUCCGGGUCCAACGGUAUCUGGGACCGGUGCAGGUGCUUCGCAAUCUGCAGUAGUCGUUGGGGAUGCUGGACCGGUGGCUCCUUCUGCUGCCGCUGCAUCAGUUCCCGGUGGUGCUGAUGAAGAGUCCCGGGAGCCACGGAACCAUACCCAGGUGGUAGAGAUCCGGCGUGUUGAUAAGACGGUAGCGACCGAUGGUGUGGCCGAUGCAUCGUUACCUUCCUUCGUCGAGAGCGUCAUCAAUGGGGUGAUCAACAUCCGGAUCGAGGAGAGCUUCAAGGUGGCGACCGAUAUCGUGCAGGCCGUGUUCGAGGAGACGGGAGCGGACGGACCGGUGGAGUACGGUUACGAUGAUGAUGACGUCGGUGAUCCGUUCGAUUGGAGCUUCGUGCAGAACUGGAGGGCACGACCAUCGGGGACAGCGGUCGCGAAUGGGCAGGUCAGUUCACCGCCCAAUACCUCCAGCAAUCAGAGCACUGGUGGUGGUGGCGGCGGCAUAGCAAACACGAGCCACACUCCAGGAUCCGCCGGAAGCGGCUUCCCGGCCAGCCCGAACGGGCUAUCACCGGGCAACCACUACAUCGCAUCAUCGAACCCGAUCUCCUCACCGGGUGGGGCACGCAUACAGAGUCCGGCGGUCGCGACGCCAGCACCACGGAUAUCGAAGGAGAUGGCCCUAAGGCCAUCGGGUGCCGGUGAGCGGGGCGAUCUACGCAACUACAGCCUUUCGCCGGUCCAGCAAGGCCAUCCAGGGGUACCAUCGACCGAUAGUAGUCAAGUGGCGGAUCAGCGAAAACCACAUCAAUCCGCUGGCCAGCAUUCGGCGGGAUACCAUGGUCAGCACACGUCGGCUGGCCACCAUCAGCAUCAUCCACAGCAGCAGCAGCAGCAACAGCAACAGCACCAUCAGCAGCAACCACAACACCAUCAGCAAUCCGGUGGACCGCACCGUUCCGUCGCCGGUCCAACCAAGCUGACUGUGCAGAGCUCACCGGUGAAGGCACAGCCAGCGAUGGUGAGCUCCGGGCUGGACAAAUCACUCCUCAGCAGCAACGCACACGGUGGCGAGCUGAAUGGGAAGCAGCAACGACUAAGCCAUGGCAAUGGCAUCAGCAGCGUUACGACGAUCAACGAUCAGCAGAAUCCGCACCAGCAGCAGCAACAGGUCGGUGGAUCGGGCAGCAAUAGCUCGAGCAAUGCGAGCAGCGUGAGCCAUCUGAAGCAACACUUCUCCCAGUCCCAUCAUGCUGUACCAUCGAACGCAUCGUCGUACCAUCAUCAACAGCAACAGCAGCAGCAGCAGCAGCAGCACCAUCAGCAGCAACAACAUCAGCAGCAGCACCAGCAGCAGCAACAACACCAUGGACCUGGUCAACCAGGACAAUCACUCG